AUGCACAAUGGCCACCCCUUCCCCCCGCAGCCCCGCCAUCCCCCGCCCCAGCACCAGCCGGCCCCACCCCCGGCCAACAGCCAUCGCACACAGGCGCCGGGUACGAAGGAGCGCAUCACCGUCCAGGCGAUCCCCUCCGUCACCGUGCAAAACAACGAGCUUGUCGUCGGCGACGCCCAGAGCAGCUCCACACGAUCAUACACACCGCUCAAGAUUGUUGGCGACGGCUCCUUUGGCACCGUCUGGCUCUGCGAUUGGCAUGGGACGCUACCGCCCAAUACACCGAUGUCCGCCAUGCAGUGUGGCCGUGGCGCGCGACCCGAGUACGCCGGGAAGAGGCUGGUGGCCGUCAAGAGGAUGAAGAAGCAGUGGGAGGGAGGAUGGGACGAAUGCAAGAAGCUCAAAGAGCUCGAGUCGUUGCGCGCGAUCCCCUACCACCCCAACAUCAUCCCGCUCUACGACUUCUUUCUCCUCCCCGACACGAAGGAGCUCUACUUCGUGUUCGAGUCAAUGGAGGGCAACCUGUACCAGCUCAUCAAGACCCGGAAAGGGAAACCGCUAGCAGGAGGUCUCGUCUCUUCUAUCUUCCGGCAGGUUGUGGAGGGCUUGCACCACAUACACGAGUCUGGCUACUUUCACCGCGACAUGAAGCCGGAAAACCUCCUCGUCACCACCACUGGCCUGUACGACUACCGUCCGAGUGACGUCGUGGUCAUCGUCAAGCUGGCGGAUUUUGGUUUGGCCAGGGAGACCGCCAGCAAGCCCCCGUAUACGGAAUACGUUUCAACCAGGUGGUAUCGUGCACCCGAGGUCCUCCUCAAAAGCAGGGACUACUCAAACCCGGUGGACAUGUGGGCGCUCGGGACCAUUAUGGCCGAGCUGGUCAAUCUGCGACCUCUUUUUCCUGGGCAAGGUGAAGUUGACCAAGUCGCGAGGAUUUGCGAGCUUCUCGGAGACCCGUGCAGGGACUAUGGACGCGAUGCACGAGGGAUGCCCGUUGGAGGGGGACAGUGGCCACGAGGUGUCAAGAUGGCGCGGGCAGUGGGCUUCUCGUUCCCUGAGAUCCCACCCAAAGACUUCUAUUCUCUCUUCGACCGUCACGUUCCUAUCGAACUUGUCAACUGCAUUGCUGACUUGCUCAAGUAUGAUCCUGACAUACGCCUCACCAGCAAGCAGUGUCUCGAACAUCCCUACCUCCUCAGGACUUCGCCGCUUAACAACCCGCCUGGCCCGCCGAUGUCGACGACUGCGGUCUCCAACGGCCAUCUGGCUGUGCACACCUCUGAGCGCAACGGGGUGUCUCCAGUGCGCUCUCUCCCCUCGGUCUCACCUCGGAGCCUCCCUCCCUCCCAUUCCCACCAUUCGGGAUCUGGAAGGCCGGAGUUCGAGCCGUUGCCGCCCGCAGCGACCGUCCAGAUUCCCGACGUCUCGGCGUCUCACCGCACAGCCUUCUACGACUCGCCCUCCUCUCGGACGGAAUACUCGGACUCGAGUAGGCCAUAUCCUCACGAAGGCUUACACGUUCGGCUGCCACCAGGUCGUUCGCGCACCCCUUCAGAACAGUCCCAGGGAUGGCCUUCGUACGCGUCGGCGUCGGACUCGCAUUGGGACCCUAUGGAGAUCUCCCCUCAGGUCGAGAUCCCUGCCAAUGGCUACCAAGCCAUGGACGUGCAAACGUCCCCUAUGGCCCGCGAGCAUCCUCAGCGACCACACAUCGACGAUGCGGAGAUUCAAGAAGUCCCCCAUCAUCAGCCAGGGAAGCUGGGCAAGUUCAGUUUCGGGAAGAAGAGCAGCAAGUGGGGUUUGGCGCAGAUGUUUGGCAGUCACGGGGAGAAACCUUCCCAUGCGCUCGCCCCUGUGCAAGAGAAUCCCAUCAACUCGAACAGCUCGACCCCCUCUCUCAAGCGCACUCAGUCUUCCAGCACGGACAGUCGCUCCUUGUCCGAGCUCUCUCCCGCCCAGGAGGUCCCCCGCAUCAUCCUGGACCCCAAGCAGCGGAAGAAAGAGGCAGCGAGGAUCCAGCGCGACGCGGAAAAGCAGCGACGUUUGCUCGCGGAGAAGAUGCAGAAAGAGCAGGCGCGUGCCGUCUUGGAGAAGCACAAGCGACUUCGGGACCAAGUGGCGGCUACGGAGGAAGUCGAGUGGAGCAGUACGGUGGCGAUGUUGGGAGGCAAGUCUCAUGUGCCGCAUCCUGCAGCGACCGGGCCCAUUCGACAAACGCAAAGUCACGGCGUGUCCUCCGUCGACGUCGCGGGUGGCAACUUCUCCGGCUACGGUCAUUCAGACAACCAUCACCGUGAAUGGCGGCGCGAUGAGCGACUUCCCAAAGCGCGAAGGAGAGAUUUCGACGACGACCAUUCCAUGUCCUCGAACGACCUUACCAGCGCGGUCUCGGUCAUCUCGUUCGCGACGGUGGACAGCGAUCCUGGCCCGAACCGACUACGACACCGCCCGAGUGCGAUGGGGAUCAGUCGGAUGACGUCCAUGUCUUCCCUGGGGACAACGCUCUCGGACGACUUCGCGCCUAGCGGGCGAUCCUCCAACUCGAUCGCGAUGGAGCAGCAGUUCGCGAACGACUUCAACCUGCGCGCAUCGGUGGAUUCCUCGUCGAUUUCGGACGGCGGUUCUCCUGUUCCACCGCCCAUGCACAUGCUGUCAUUGUCGUCGCCAAUACCAUGGGCACCGCACGAGAACCGAAGCGGGUCGACACUGGACAGGGAUGGCACGCGAGGAGGGCGAGAGGUAGAGCGACCGACAUUGAUCAUCCCUCCCCAACCCAGACACCCGAACGGCUUCCAGCCAGCAGGGUCUCUGAGUCCGUACGAGUCGCGGUCUGCAGGGAACGGGAGCUACCCCUCAAGCCCUGGUAUGGCACCGAAGUCCGCGAUCAAUCCCAUGUUCAAGGUGCCUCCAUUAGCGACUCUGCAGACGCGACCAGGGUCACUACCCCCUUUCGCACAGCUCGAGGCCGUCGCAGAAGGCGAGUACCCACCUCUGUCGCCAAUGUCGUUCACAUCACCGGACGACAUUGCAAGCGAUUUCGGAUGA